GAGAAGACCAUCUUAAAGAGUUAUAUAGAUUAUAUUUGAAAAUGGCUGUAGCCCAUUUUGUUUUGAUUCAUACCAUAUGCCACGGUGCAUGGGUUUGGCACAAGCUCAAGCCUGUGCUCGAGGCAGCUGGUCACAAGGUCACUGCAUUGGACCUCGUAGCCAGUGGUGUUGACCAAAGGAUAAUCGAGCAAGUUGAUUCAUUUGAUGCCUAUUCUGAACCAUUGUUGAACUUCUUGGAAACAAUUCCUCAAGGAGAAAAGGUGAUUCUUGUUGGCGAGAGCUGCGGAGGCCUCAAUGUUGCUAUUGCUGCAGAUAAAUACCCACAAAAAAUUGCAGCUGCCGUUUUUCACAAUUCGUUAAUGCCAGACAUUGUUCAUAGUCCAUCUUACGUUCUUGAUAAGUUUAUGGAGGUAUUUCCAGAUUGGAAGGAUAGUAUAUUUGAAUCGUACACCAAUGGAGUUGAUACCAUAACUACAUUGAGAUUAGGUUCCUAUUUAAUGGAGAAUUAUAUAUACACAGAUUGCCAUCCAGAGGAUUUGGAGUUGGGAAAAAUGUUGACCAGAAAGGGAUCUCCGUUUCAAGAAAUAUUAGCCAAACGAGAAUUUUUUACAAAGGAAGGUUAUGGAUCAAUAAGGAAAAUUUACAUCUAUGGUGAUGAUGAUAAAAUAAUGACGGAAGAUUUUCAUCAAUGGCAAAUAGAAAAUUACAAACCAGAAAAGGUUUAUGUGGUAGCAGGUGGAGGUCAUAAGCUGAUGCUUUCGAGGGUUAAUGACCUCUUUGCUAUUCUCCAAGAGGUUGCUUAUAUGUAUGCUUAGCUUUGAAGCAUGUACUGUUGUGUAUGGCUGCUACUAUUUCAUGUAAGAACUUAUUGUUUUGGUCUUUUAAAUAAUCUCACGAAGAGAUUCUUAUGGGCUAUUUAUUGAUUGUUGAUGUAUAAUGCAACUAAUUAUUAGUUGAAUUUAUGAUGUUAUUUUUCAUGUAAUUACAAUUUUAUUAAUAAAAAUAUAUUAUUUUAUUU